UCAGGAACUGCAAACUUUCCUUUGGCCACUGAGGGAGGGAUCUUUUUUUCUUCUUUUCCCUUCUUGUCUAUUUUCCCUCGUCUUUCCACCUUGUUCCAGACUCGUCCACCAAUCCAACCAUUUUUCAUCCACGUUACGAGUUGGAUCAGCGAGAUAUACACACACCAAACCAGAACUCGAGUCGUCCAAGCUUCGCCCACCAUCACCAACAUGGUCGACUUCGCCGAUAACGCCUGGGCCUUUCGCGGUCAGGAUGGCCUGAAGCGAUCCCACAUCCCCACCCAACCCCUCUGGAUUGCCAUCAUUCGCGUCGCGCAGCUCGUGCUCGCGUUCAUCAUCUUGGUCUUGACGGCCUAUGCUGCUGGACAGUUCCACUUUAGCGGUUUCGCCGGUUUCGGUCUCGCUUGGUUCUCCUUCAUCUGGACCGUUGGAUACUUCGUCUAUCUCGCUGUCACUAUCUUUUUCGUGACCGCUUUCUACCACUACUGGGUGCACCUCGGUCUCGAGAUCCUCAGCGUGAUCUGGUGGCUCUGCACAUGGGCUGUGCUAGCCAGCGACGCCUCUGCCCUCAACUCGGCAUUCAUCUUCGGCUUCCAUAACAGCUUCUCGUCUGCGGUCGACUGUGUCAAGGCUUCGGCCGGCCUCGGCGCGCUGGUCUGGCUCCUGUUCCUCGUUACUCUGGUCUUCUUCGUCCUCUCGCUGCUCAACCACCGCAAGGCCGAGGCUGGCGCGGCCCCUGUCGCGGCGCCUGUCACAGCCCCAAUGACCAACAUCAACGCCACCGGGGGGGCUGAGCAGGUGGCGCCCACGUAUCCGCAGCAGGCGUAUCAGCAGCAGCCCUACCAGCAGCAGCCCUACCAGCCGUCGCCGGCCGAGGCGCCGUCGGAGGUGUACCAGCAGACGCCGGCGCCGGCAGAGGGGUAUCCCCAGGGCCAGUACGGACAGCCGCAGCAGCAGUACCCCGUCGAGCCGCAGCAGUACCCCGUCGAGCAGCAGCAGUACCCCGUCGAGCAGCAGCAACAGCAGCAGCAGCAGCAACAGCAGCAGUACCCGGUUCAGAACCAGCAGUAUCCGGCCCAGGAGCCGUCCCCGUAUCAGGGACAGGCGCCGUAUCCCCCGCCCCAGCAGCAAACCCCCUACCCUCAGUAAUGUGAUACCCAUCGGUCUGGAUACUGGUCGACGGCAAGGUGGACAAUCCCGGCAAAGGGCCUUGGGCCAGAUAUGUCGGUGUCCACGCGUGAUCUUUCAUAU